AUGAGACCUUGUGCGGGCCUCCGGCUGGCUGGCGGGUCGUCUGCCGUGUCGCGGCCAUGCUCUGCCAGGGCCAUCAGUCGGCUGGCUCGGAUAGGUGGCUCUUCAUCCUCAGAUAUUGCAUGCUUUAAAACAGGAACCCGCGCCUUCUCCUCGGACUUGAACAAAAGGGCAUCGAGGUUCACGGGUGCUCAGGAUGGCAGCCGAGGUUUGUCGCCAUUCAAGCAGCAUCGACGAGAAGAACUUGGCCGGGACCAGCAGAGUGAAGACGCACUCUACGCCGACCCGUAUCCCCGACUUGACCCCUCCACGACUCGGAAGAGCGUGCCAGAGUUCCUUGAGGACUUCGAUGAGCAGGCGCCCAGUGGUCAAGUGACGUUGACAGGUCGUGUUCGUUCAAAGCGUGUAGCCGGCAAAUCCCUCAUCUUCCUCGACAUCGUGAACGAAUUCCAAAAAGUGCAAGUCAUGGUCAACAAGAAUCAAUGUGUGGCAGAAAAGCAUGGCCGCAUACGAAAAUUCUCCUUGUUUAAACAUUUGAUCCAAGUUGGCGAUCACAUCUCGGUAACUGGUAACGCGACUCGUACUCCAGCCGGAGAGCCCACGCUCCAAGCCAUCGAGCUCCCAGAGCUUCUGUCUCCGUCCAUGGAGCAGAUCCCUGAAAGGCUCACCGACCCCAAGGCGAGAAUGGCCGACCGUCACGUCGACAUGCUCGUGAAUAGGGAAGUGGUUGACGUGCUGAGGUUGCGAGCCGAGAUUACAAAGUACAUGAGAGACCACCUCCACUCGAAACGCUUCCUGGAAUUCCAAACGCCAGUUUUGGCUGAAAACGCCGGGGGGGCGGUUGCUCGGCCUUUCGUCACAAAGGCCACUGAAUUCCGAGACAAGAACCUGGCUCUGCGUAUCGCACCAGAACUUUGGCUGAAGCGCCUUGUUAUCGGUGGCGUCGACAGGGUGUUCGAGAUCGGUCCUGCCUUUCGCAACGAAGGCGUUGAUGCCACUCACAACCCAGAGUUCACAAUGUGCGAGUUUUACAGCGCCUACGCCAACUUGGCGGACCUCAUCAAAGAGACGGAAGAGAUCUUGCACGGUCUCGCCAAGCACACGCAGGAACUCAUUGCAACCCAGCUCACCACACUUCCGGCUAUGGAAUUGAGCCGAUUCGUCCGACCCUUCAAGCAGGUCGAAUUUCUCCCCGCCCUCGAAGAAGCCACGGGAAUCCGCUUUCCUAAAUUAUCCAGCGACGAGGCGCUACCAGAGCUCCUCGCCAUCCUGAAACUUUCCGGCAUCGUCAUCCCCGGCGAAGUGCCCAACUCUCUCCCCAAACUGCUCGACCGCCUAGCGGCCGUGUAUCUGGAGCCCAUGUCAUUCCGGGAACCAAUCUUCAUAACCAACCAUCCAGUGUGCAUGUCGCCGCUGGCCAAAAGCUUCCUGUGUCCCAAAACGUAUCAACUGGUGUCUGCUCGCGCCGAGCUGUUCGUCGGCGGUCGCGAACUGGCAAACAUGUACGAAGAAGAGAACGACCCUGAAGAGCAGAAGCGCAAGCUCGCGUUUCACCGUUCCCUUGUGAAUAAACCGAAUGGCGAAAUCGGAUUUGAAGCAGAAGCUGCCGCGGAAACGGAGACCACUCUCACGGAAGAGGUCGAGAUGGAUGAGUGGGAGACAUCUCCGUUGGACCUGAACUACGUGAGGGCCCUGGAUUAUGGGUUGCCGCCCACUGGGGGCUGGGGAUGUGGCGUCGAGCGACUGGUCAUGCUGUUUUCAGGGGCGAACCGCAUCAGUGACUGUUUGAGUUUUGGGACGUUGCGAAAUGUCGUUGGCUUGUCCGCGGACGAGAAGGCUCCUGAUAAGAGUGUAUAG